CCAAGCUCAUUGGCUGGCGAAGACACGUGCACACACACAAAAACACACACUGUCCAGCAACAGAUAGCUUAGUGAAGUGAUCGAGUGUCGGACCAGUGCAAAGUUUAGCAACUGAAUCAAAGGGAGGACUUCUCUGUGACGUGGGAGGGAGCUAACCAGAAAAAUGGCCGACAGAGUGAUUGACUUGGAUGAGAACGCAACCCACACAGGUCCAAAGGGAGUCAUCAAUGACUGGAGGAGGUUUAAGUUGGAGAGUAUGGACCAGGAUAACUUGCCUCCUGCAAAAAAGGAACUUCUGAGACAAAUGUCAUCCCCGGGCAGGCCGAAAGAUGAUGCCAGAGCAAACCUUAACCGCAAGAUGAGUGUGCAAGAGUAUGAACUUCUCAAGGAGGAGGAUGAGGGAUGCUUAAAGAAAUACCGGAAGCGGUGCAUGCAGGAGAUGCAUGAUAAACUCAGCUUCGGGCCCAAGUUUGAAGGCGUGCACGACCUGGACAGCGGAGAGGCCUUCCUGGAAGUCAUCGAGAAGGAGCAUUACAGCACGGUGGUGGUUGUCCACAUCUACAAGAUCGGGGUCAAAGGUUGUGAGGAGCUCAACAACUGCCUGGACUGCCUGGCCACUGAGUAUCCCACCGUAAAGUUUUGCAGGAUCGAUGCUGUCUCAUCUGGUGCUGCUGAGCGCUUCUCAGAUGAGGUUUUGCCUACACUGCUGGUGUACAAGGCCGGAGAGCUGCUCGGGAACUUCCUGGCCUGCACGCAGCACCUAAACGAGGAGUUCUUCGCCACUGAUGUGGAGGCUUUCCUCAACAGCUACGGGGUGCUGCCAGAGAAAGAGUUGCCUGGUAUGGAAGACGAAGAAGAAAAUGAUGUAGAAUAACAAGCUGAGGAGGAAUCUGUAUAAAGACCUAUGAAAGACAAGGCUAUGGCAAAUAGACAAACCAUUACAUCUCCACUAGUUCACUAGUAUUUGAGGAAUGUUGUCAAAAGGAGAAAUUUUGGUUGAAGAAACAUCAGUGUCCCAGAUAUGGGCACUCUCAGAUAAGGGUGUUGGUUAAAUUAUGGUGAGGAGACACAAUGCUUAGAAAUGAAUAAAUCACAAAUCCUUCCACCUCCACUGCAAA